UCCUCUAACAAACAUACACAUUUCAAAGCGUACCAGUGUGACGCAACGUUAAAAGGUCUAAACCGGAAGCCAAGAACAUAAAAUAUUUUUCUAGUGUUAUUUUUUUCAAUAUCGAUAUUUUGUGUCUCUUGCGUCUGUUCGCAGACCAUUACGGUAUCAAGGAAGCGAGGAAGAAGCUGACCACUCGAUGAUGUAAACAUAAGGACACACUAGUGAUCACGGCGCCAGUAUAAAUAGUUUGUCUGCAUUAGCGCUUAUAAUAACAAUUGUAGAGGUCUUGCACCUUUGGACCACCAGUCACCGACACGCCAGGCUCUUCCAAGAUGGAUGGAGACACUAAAAAGAAGGUGACGGACAUCUCUAAGACAUCUCGUAAGGGGGAGUCUGAGAAGUUAACCUUUACAGAAAACAAAUUCAGAGGUCGAGGUUUCCAAGGCCGUGGUCGAAUGGGUUCUAUGAGCCGAGGUGGUGGACGGGGCAUGAUGAAAGUCAUCGGUCCACCUUUUCACGGGAGGGGUCCAAUGAAGGAUGGAGCGAUGAACGGCUUUUCCCCCAUGAGAGGAAUGGGCAGAAUGCGACCCUACCCUGAACUCAGAGGUCAUCGAGGUAGGUAUGGACCAAUAGGCAUGGGUCUUCUGCCUCCCCCCAUGCACUUUAGAGGACCCUUCCCGCCCAUGCCCAGACACGGCCCUCCUCCACUGCCACCUCCAGGCCACCUGGCUUUUAGAGGGCGUCUUCCACACCCCAGAGGCCAUGGCAUGCCUGUCCCCGCCCCCCCUCGUCACUUCCACCCCAGAGGUCCAAGAGGCUACCACAAUGGACCGGUGUAUCCUCCACCUCACCCUCAGCAUGGCAGAGGCCAGAGGUGGCCGGGGCCCCCUAGUGGCCGCCACUUUUAAUACAGCCUGUUCUAGAAACAGCACAAAAGACCACUUCUUAUUCAAAAAAGGUGAAAACCUCAUUGCUUUACAAAGGAAAACAUGUUAGAUAUUUUUUUUGUUUGUUUUACAAGUCAGUGAGUAAUGCCUCACAUCUUAUUUAAUGUAAUGUGAUGCACACUUUUUAACCUUCCUUCAGUUACCUAGAUAUAGUUUUUUGGUAACAACCUCACCAAGCUGUUCUCCAUUUGUUUAGUAUUCAUAUAUACCAUUAUUGUGCAGCUAUUUAACAAAUAUUACUGUUUGGAACAUGAAUGUUUGUCUUCAAUACAGUGCUGAGUAGUGUUAAACAAAUAGAGUGAUUACAUGAUCUUUUGUUUCUGGAAUGAAAAGGUUUGUUCCACUGUAAUUAACGACACAACUUUUGUCAAUUUAGUAGAAAAAAGAAAUAAAGUAAAAAAGAUAAAAAGAAAAAACUUCUCCUUUUUUUUUGUUUAUUCACAAAUAAAUCUUGAGUUGUCAGCACAUUUUCAUAACUGAAUCUGUGUCAUUUUCAGUGUGUAGAUUACAUUAGAGCAGGGGUGUUAAACUCAAAUACAGAGUGGGCAAAAGUUUAAAACCGAACAAAGGCGUGGGCCAAGGUUGAACAAAUUAACCUUUUAAUAGGGACCCAAACAAGUUUUGCAAGGCUUAUAUAACUUUAUAGUGACAUGCAAAAUCGAGUUUCAAAUAAUAAUAAUUAAAAAAUAUCAAUGGCAUAUCAAAUAAAAUAAAAAUUAAAUGCCUCUUUUCGGCGGCGGGGUUGAGGUGGGGCGGGAUUUGGUGGUAGCGGGGGGUGUAAAUUGUAGCGUACCAGAAGAGUUAGCGCUGCAAGGGGUUCUGAGUAUUUGUUCUAUUGUGUUAAUGUUGUGUUACGGUGCGGAUGUUCUCCCAAAAUGUGUUUGUCAUUCUUGUUUGGUGUGGGUUCACAGUGUGGCGCAUAUUUGUAACAGUGUUAAAGUUGUGUAUACGGCCACCCUCAGUGUGACCUGUAUGGCUGUUGAUCAAGUAUGCAUUGCAUUCACUUGUGUGUGUGUUUAAGCCGCUUAUAUUAUGUGACUGGGCCGGCACGCUGUUUGUAUGGAGGAAAAGCAGACGUGGCGACAGGUUGUAGAGAACGCCAAAGGCAGUGCCUUUAAGGCCUUCCCCCAAUAUUGUUGUCCGGGUGGAAAUCGGGAGAAAUUCGGGAGGGGCACUGAUCUUCGGGAGAUUCCUGGGAAAAUCCGGAGGGUUGACAAGUAUGAAUAUUAGCGGUGAAUGCGGUGUUACAGCGGCGGGCCAGCUCUAAUGUUAAUUUGAUAUUGCCUCAAGGGCCAAAUGAAAUUACACGUCGUGCCAAAUUUGGCCCGCGGGCCAGAGUUUGAUACCCACACACUAGUUUUGCAUAAUAAUUUCAGAAUAUUGUGCAUGUGACAUGAAUUAUUGCGUUUAAUGAACUAAUAGUAAUAUAUUAGUAGCUAUUGUAGUGUUAUUUUAGGCUUACUGGGAAACAAAACAUUUUACAUGAACAAAUUAGUGAUUUCUAAAAAAAUACAAUAAAUACAUAUUAAUCCACUACAAACAUUUUUUUUAACUAAUCUUAUUGACACUAUUGCCUUAACAGUCAUGAAGUUUAUACAUAAUAUGCUUUAUUUUUGCUGCAAACAUUGCACCCAGUAGUGCUAAUUACAAUUUAAUAAGUUUAUAUUGGAAAUGUAGGACAACCAGCUGCUGCAAUCUUUCCCUAUGCACCUUUUUCCAUCUUUGUACACAUUUUCCAUGCUGCCCCCUUGGUCAAUUCUCCCUGCACUUGCUUCUAACACGACUGACUGUUGUCUCCUGAAAGGGGAGUGGCACACAGUACAGUUAACCUCCCCCAGCCCUGGGAACACAGGCCCUUCUUCCCUACAGCUCUCCAACUGCAACAUGAGGCCUGAGGUGCAGCCUUCACAUGGAAGGGUGAGUCUCCUCUCUUACUGUAUUUCCUCCAGUUGUGGCCACUCUUAAAGGGGAACAUUAUCACAAUUUCAGAAGGGUUAAAACCAAUAAAAAUUGGUUCUCAUGGCUUAUUUUAUUUUUCGAAGUUUUUUUCAAAAUGUUACCCAUCAUGGAAUAUCCCGAAAAAAGGCUUUAAAGUGCCUGAUUUUCUCUAUCUGUAAAUCCACUCGUCCAUUUUCCUGUGACAUCACAUAGGGCUACCAAUACAAACAAACAUGGCGGAUAGAACAGCAAGAUAUAGCGACAUUAGCUCGGAUUCAGACUCGGAUUUCAGCGGCUUAAGCAAUUCAACAGAUUACGCAUGUAUUGAAACAGAUGGUUGGAGUGUGGAGACAGAUAGCGAAAACGAAAUUGAAGAAGAAACUGAAGCUAUUGAGCGAAUUGAAGCUUUUCGGCGAUCUCCUUCUAACCAACGAUUGCAUCUUUUGACCACUGGAGCAACUUAAAUCCGUCGAUUGGUAAGUGUUUGUUUGGCAUUAAAUUUGGGUGGAGGGAAAGGCUGGAUGCAAAUAUAGCUACAAAUGUACAUACAGGUAGCCUAAAUAGCAUGUUAGCAUCUAUUAGCUGGCAGUCAUGCCGUGGCCAAAUAUGUCUGAUUAGCACAUAAGUCAAUAACAUCAACAAAACUCAACUUUGUGAUUUCGUUGACUUUAUCGUUGGAAAUACAUCUGCUUUAAGUGUCGCAGGAUAUCCACACAUCUCUGUCGUAGCAUCGCUAUAGUCGGUAAAAUGUGCAGAACAAACUAAGGACUUUCGCAUCUCUUGACACUGGUGCAACUUGAAUCCGUCGAUUGGUAUGUGUUUGUUUGGCAUUAAAUGUGGGUUAAAGGCUGGAUGCAAAUAUAGCUACAAAUGAGGCAUAACGAUGCAAUAUGUACAUACAGCUGGCCUAAAUAGCAUGUUAUCAUCGAUUAGCAUGCCGUGUUAAUCGAUGCACUCCACGUAAGUCAACUUGAAUCCGUCCCUGAUCGUGUUGUCACACCCUCCGACAACACACCGACGAGGCAUGAUGUCUCCAAGGUACGGAAAACAGUCGAAAAAACGGAAAAUAACAGAGCUGAUUUGAUUUGUGUGUGUAAUGUCUUUGAGAAAAUGGUGGAUUGUUUCCCGUUGUAACGUCACAGGUGAAAGGUCAUCGCUCCGACAGCGAACAAUUGAAAGGCGUUUAAAUCGCCAAAUUCACCCUUUUAGAGUUCGGAAAUUGGUUAAAAAAACAUAUGGUCUUUUUUUCUGCCAUGUCAAGGUAUAUAUUGACGCUUACCAAGGUCUGGUGAUAAUGUUCCCCUUUAAAUUAUAUACAGGGCAGUAAACGUUACACAAAUGGCUAACACAUGCAAGGUACGUGUGUUAAGCUGAACUUUUUACACUGGAAUUUCAAGAGAAAGUAAAUAUGAUAAAUAACCACACCUGGCCUUUCUUUGAGGAAAUGCCGUAUGUAUGUGUUGAUAAUUAGUACACAGAACUGCAUAUAAUUUGAAUGACUUAAUAAAAUAUUGCCAAGAA